GUUAUUGCAAAUUCGUUUUUUCCUUCCCAAAUGCAUUGGAAAUGACCUUCACCGACAAAGAAAAGGGCGGAGGACCAAUUUACAUACGUGCGAUACAAGUUGAACAGUGAUCUAUUCGUUUCGUACAUUUAAGAGCCAUGCUGAAUUUGUUUGUGAAGUUUUUUGAGUUUACACAAAGCCUAAUGCUAACCCUAGACACAUACCAAGACCGGCCUCCCAACCAUCGGCCGGUAUACACCAAAAACCUCCUGGUUCUACUGAAUUAUGGUGGAAUGAUCUAUGUUUUGGCCUUCAUCACCCUUUUGCACUGGGUUGCUUCCAGUGUGUGCCUCCCCGGGAUAUACCACAAUGAACUGCAGGAGGAUCCAGACUUUUCAUUUUUCUAUCAACGACUGUUUUUCUGGUACCUGACAAUCAACGCCCUCGGACAAUGGGUACUAACCGUUCUGAAUAGUGUCAAAUCUGUUUACAGCACUGCAUCUGACCUACCCAUGUUCAAUGACUCUACGCACCAGGAUUGGACAAAGUGCACCAAAUGUGACCAAAAUGUCCCACCUAGGGCUCGCCACUGUAGCAUUUGUGAACGAUGUAUACUAAAAAGAGACCACCACUGCUUUUUCACAGGAUGCUGCAUUGGUUUUCACAAUCAAAGGCACUUUAUCUUGUGGGCAUUUUAUGGCAUUGUUGGUACUGCUUUCGGCCUAUAUUAUUUGGAGCAAUAUCUAAGCAUCCAUUAUGUCUCAUUUUUAGGCACAGAGUUCUUUAAAUAUUUCCUGCCAUAUGCUCUUGUCAUCACUAUUGUUGGUAAAUCAUCAUUUUAUACUUUCUUGGCCAUUUUCUGGUUUUAUAUCACCAUAUCAACUGGACUUUUCUGUGUGUACAUUUUCUUCUGGCAGAUAAAUCUGAUCCUAAAUGGUCAGACUAGCUAUGAGUUUGUAAAAGGCCAAAAAAUUUACCAGACAAAUUUCUGGGAACAAAUGAGGUCUGUGUUUGGUCCUAACUGGGCCAUUCAGUUCCUCUUCCCUUGCCCCUGGGUCAAACAAGAGGGGGAUGGAGUAUCAUGGAAUUUUCACAAUACCAAGUUCUUGUAGCAGACUUUCUUGGUUAUUCAAAUUUGCUACUUAUUUAUUAACAUGACAGAAAUUCAAAUGUAGUAUAAGACUUAUGGAAUGUUGUAGAGUUUUUAUGUUAGUGUUGAAUGUUUUUGAUAUUUAGAAUGAUUUGCCUUGAAAAGGAAAAAGGAAACUCAGUAUAUGAUUGUCACUUUGAUUAGAGCAUUUUUAUAUGUAUCCAUGUAGACUGAGCAUAGAAAGAAAAUGUUGCCAUGUAAAACUUAUACAUGUAUUUACUUUUAAAAAGAGUGAUGCUUUAAUCAAGUGUUUUCAACUUUACAGUGCUUUAAUUGAAUAACAUUUAUUGAUGAACUGAAAAGAAUUUGCUUCUUUGCAUUUCCCAUGUUUUGCCUGAUUUUUGUUUAGUCAUUUACUUGGUCAUUUUUCUCUUCAGGAUUGUUUAAAAACAGUUUCUGUUUUGAAUGCACUUCUUGAUUGACUAUGAAAAUUAGAUUUAAUCUAAUUUUCAUAGUCAAUCAAGAAGUGCAUUCAAAAAAAUCAUUAUACUUGUAUUAACUUUAUGCUGACUCAGGCCAAAAAAGUAUCAGUCAUGAUGUUUUGUUUGUAAAAUUUAUUGUUACAUGUAUUUUUGUACAAUUUUACUGUACUUAGUUGUAGAGAAUUGAAAUAUUGGGAAUGAAUUUUAUUGCUACUGAAUGUAUGCUCAUAUUACAUGUAUGUAAUUAGGUUGAAAUAGUUACCCUAUGAAUUUUUAAUACCCGGUAAAUCAUUCCAAGUCCCAAAACCAGUUCGUUAAAAAAAUCAUAUUAAAUCAUGAUACCUUAACUCUACUGGCGUGCAACCAGUUCUCGCCGAGUACCAUUUCUGGCCAGUACAUUGUGACAUCAUUUUAUCAACACAUAAAAUUAUGUACAAAAAAGACAUCACAAUAUACUGGCCAGAAAUGGUACUCAGCGAGAACUAGUGGCACGCCAGUAAUGACUGUCUCAAACAGUGAAUUGUUAUUUCUUUUUUAAAAAGGGGUCAACAAUUGUAGAAAAAAAAUGUACAAUCCACUUGUAAUCUUUAUCUGAAAUGAUCAUUACCAUCAUAACCCAAAUGAACCA